AUUUAUCCUGUACUCGAACAAAGGCAGUGGCGGGUAAUAUUGUGGUGUGGAUGUUAUUCCAUUUAUCCUGUAUUCUAACAGAGGCAGUGGCGGGCAAUAUUGUGGUUAUGUCCACACCACAAAACCUCAUACCUUUCUUUGCCCGUCUCUUAGACCACAUCUAUUCCACAAAACACCUCCACAGACUCAAACAAAUCCACGCACAAACCAUUACUAAUGGCAUUUUCUCCCAUAACUUCAUUCGCAACAAACUUGUCUCUUCCUACGCUUCUUGUCACCAAAUGCAAGAAGCCCAUCUCCUCUUCUCUCUCACUAACCAUCAACCCACUUUCCUCUUCAACUCUCUCAUCCGCGCCUACUCUUCUCUCCAACAAUUCUCUCUUUCCCUCUCCAUUUUUCGCCAAAUGAUCCUUUCUCGAAAACCCUUAGACACUUUCACCUUCCCUUCCAUCCUCAAAUCCUGCGCCGGAUUAUUAGCUUUAAAACUUGGUAAACAAGUCCAUGGAAUUGCUCUCGUCAAUGGGUAUCUCACGAAUUUAGCUAACCCGAAUGCAUUGAUAAACAUGUACUCGAAGUGCGGUGAUUUAGUUAGUGCAUAUAAAGUGUUCGAUGGGAUGCCUGAGAGAAAUGAGAUAUCGUGGUCGGCAAUGAUGGCGGGGUUCGGAAUGCAUGGGAAAUGUGAUAAAGUGUUUGAAUUGUUUGACAGAAUGAUGAAUGAACAAAUGGUGCCGGAUGAAGUGACGUUUGUGACGGUGCUGACGGUGUGUAGCCAUGGAGGGAAAGUGGAGAAGGGGAGGCAGUAUUGGAAGAUGAUUAAGGAGGGAAGGUUUGGGGUGAGGCCAGUGUUGGAGCAUUACACGUGUAUGGUGGAUAUGUUGGGGAGGGUGGGGCUGGUAGAGGAAGCUGAGAAGUUGAUAAUGGGGAUGCAUGUGGAGGCGGAUGAGGCAUUGUGGCGGUCUUUGUUGGCGGCUUGCAGAAUUCAUGGGAAAGUGGAGGUUGCUCAGAGAGUAGUUCAAAAGAUUCAAGGAGGUUGUCUAUAGUGUCGUUACGAGUCUUUUGGAUACCAUAGGACAGUUAUUUCAUGGAGUAGACUAAGAAAAGGAAAGAAAAAUCUCCUUUAUUUGUUAGGCGGAUUUGUACAAGUAAAAAGUUAGGCACAUUUUCAUAACUAAAUGUAAAAGAUAGGGAGUCUUUAUGGAUCAAUUAUUGGCAUCAUGGGGAAAUUUAAUUUGUUUGAUUC